AUGAAAUUUCAGAAUGUUUUGGAUAUAACCAGCUUUGAUUAUUGGUUUAAUUGGAGAGUGUUUCUUUGUGCGUUAUGGGUAUUUACUCCUAUGAUUGUUGCUUUGUUCGUUAUAUGGAAGUACGAAGAUAGUACAGUAGUUGAAACUCAACCUCAAAAUGGUACUAAUGAUUCUGGUUUUAGUGAACAUGAUGUUCUAUGCAUUGAUGAUGUUUGGAAACCUUGUCUUAAACAAAUCCAUCCCGGUUGGUUACUCGGUUUUCGGGUUCUCGGGUUUUGCUUCCUUCUUACUAGCAACAUUGUCCGGCUUUCUUUUCGUGGAUUGCGCAUUUACUACUAUUACACUCAGUGGACAUUCACGUUGAUAGCUAUCUAUUUUGGGAUGGGAUCAUUGUUUUCAAUUUAUGGGUGUUUUCAACACAAGAAGCGACUAGCGGCUGAGCAAGUAGGAAAUGAUGCAGAGAACGGAUUUCGUUCGCCUCUUAUAAAUGGGGAGAACAUGGUUUCGGUCGAGAAGAGAAAUACUUCGGAUUCGAAGAUGCUACGGUCCUGUGUCUGUCUCUUUCAGAUUAUAUUUCAGAUGAGUGCUGGAGCAGCUGUGCUUACAGACAGUAUAUAUUGGACUGUGAUUUUCCCAUUUUUGUCUUUACAGGACUACGAGAUGAGUUUUAUGACUGUGAAUUUGCACACGAGUAACCUCGUUUUGCUGCUUUGUGACACGGCUCUUAACCGUCUGAGAUUUCCCUUGUUCAGGUUUGCGUACUUCAUCUUGUGGACAGGAAGUUUCGUUAUUUUCCAGUGGAUUCUCCAUGUUUUUAUCUCUGUCGGAUGGCCAUAUCCAUUUCUCGACCUGUCGUACCAAAUGGCUCCAGUGUGGUAUUUGUUGGUAGCACUCCUGCAUCUUCCUUCUUAUGGCCUCUAUACAAUAUUCGUCAGAAUCAUACGCAAAUUCACUACCUGA